GGUUUGAAAAUGGAUUUGAGUGAUAGAAAGAAGUCUGGCAGCGUUAAGGCCCCAUUCAGAGGCACCGAAAAUCUAGAGAUGAGGGAUAUAGGUGUCUCCAAAAUCCUAAUCUGUGGAAAUUAUUUUCCCGACCUUCAUACCUUCAUGCUUUAUGACAUGGACAACUUAUUUGAAGUACAGUUGACAAGAGUAGAGACAUUGAAAUCUCUUGAUGUUACAAACUGUAAACGCCUCGUGAGAUUGUCAGCAACAUCUGAUCUAAGCAAGCUGGUAGAUCUGAAGAUUAGUCAAUGCCCACUGCUUCAGGAAUUCAGUGUUGUAUAUUUCAGCUGCCUGGAAAAAAUUGUAAUUCAGAAUUGCAGCCUUCUGCAAUGCGUGUCAGGAAUAUCAUAUCUUAAGAAGCUGAUAGAAUUGAAUAUUUGUCAAUGUCCAGAGCUUCAAGAGUUAAGUGUUGUACAGUUGAACCACCUGAAAAGAUUUAUAAUUCAUAAUUGUAGGCAUCUGAAGAUUUUGUCAGGAAUUUCUAAUCUUACAAAGCUACUAGAACUGAACAUAAGUAAGUGCCCAGCGCUCCAGCAGUUAAGUGUUUUAAAAUUGAGCAACCUGGAAAAAUGUGUCUUUCAUGAUUGUAGUCAUCUAAAAAUUGUGUCAGGAAUAUCUCAUCUUACAAAGCUAGUGGAGCUGGAUAUUAGUCAGUGCCCAGAGCUCCAGGAACUAAGUGAUCUCCAAUCGAGAAAUCUGGAAAAAAUUAUACUUUGUAAUUGUAAAAUCAAGUCAACAAUAUCUCAUCUCACAAAGCUCGUAGAGUUGGAGAUUUGUGAAAGUCCGGUGAUUGGGCGGUUGUGUCUAGCAGAUCUGAACAGUCUGAAGAGAAUUAGAGUUGAUGAUAAUGUGAAGCUGACAUAUUUUGAAUUGGCUGGUUGUGAAAAUUUGAAAACAAUAUCAGGAAUGCUUAAUCUUGAAAAUCUUGAAACAUCAAACAUCAGCAUUACUGGCUGUCCGGAGCUUAAGGAGUUGCCAGUUCUUCGAGGUCCAAGUUGCCUCGAGAUGAUUACAAUAGAUGGAUGUAGACAGCUCCAUCGUCUUCAUUUGUCCCAAUUUAAAAAUUUGAAAAGAGUGACAGGUAAAUUUGAUCUGGCAGAGUUGUUCAUAUCAGAUUGUCCGGAGCUCGAAGAGCUGCCCUGUUUUGCACGUCUAACAUUGCUUAAGGAGAUUACCAUUGUCAACUGUGGUAAGCUGUAUAGCAUUACUUUGCCUAUAACACUUGUGGAACUCAGAUUAGAGAGCUGCAGACAACUGGAAUUUGUGGCAGCGAUUUGUGAUGACAGUGAAUGUCCGGAGGUUGGGCUGUUGCCAUGUGUUGCCCGAGUGAGCUGCCUGCAGUGGAUUACAAUUCAGAGUUGUGAGAAGCUACAGACAAUACAAGGCAUUCAUGAGCUAUAUUCUUUGAAAAGUAUGGGACUUUCAUAUUGCAGCAAUGUAGCAAUACAGAACUGCAUUCCCAUGUUGAAGCGGGUCCCGUCAGAAGUCCUCAUAUUUAUUGGAAAAGCAGCAGAUGAAGCCUACUCAACUUUAAGCCCGCAUCUCUUUUCUGAUGCUGAUUCAGUCAUUGCAGAAAUCAAUACUCAGGGCAGAGAUGAACAGGAAGAAAUUAGAACUCAGGGCAGCGAUGAACACGAAUCAAUAUGGGAAUUGAAUACAGUCAUCGUAUGCGCUUUGGUUAUGAUUAAUGGUUGUACCCAAAUCAAGAUGAUAAAUAAAUCCCUCGAAGACUGUUAUUGCAAUCAUUUGUGGCCAUGCAACGUGCAACAAGGAGAUUGUAUAAUUACCAUGGUAAUGACUGAUCAACAUAAAAUGAACUGUUUCAAUGAUCAUCGUCAAUUUGAAGAUGUUCUGGUGAAGCAUGGAAUAAUGAAGAAAGCAUAUAAGGUGGUCGUAAACAAAGGUGAAGAGCGGAUAAUUCAGCCUGUACUACAUACAAUUGUUAAUAAGCUAUACCAGAAACAAUAGGGCAAGUAUGUAGAAGACCUGUGUAAGAAGAUUAUCACCAUGAGAUUAUGGGAGGGUUUUAUGAAAGUUUCUAAAUGCAAUUGUGACGAUUUGUAUGCUUUUUAAUUGUCAAAAUAGUAAAAGCAUGGAAAAAGGGGAAAAUUCAUGUUGAAA